AUGGGAUCCAAACGCAAGUAUUCCGAGUCCGCAAAGCCUGCAAAGGCCGCCAAACCUACGGCUUCGGACGCGCCGGCCAAGAAACCUGCAAAGAAGAUCAAGCGGGUUGAACCAGAGGAGCCAGAAGAGCAAUCGAGCGAGGAGGACCUCGACGACGACGACGCCGAGGAAGCCAGCGACGACGAAGUGGACGAGGAGGAACUCGAAGAUGACGCAUUUGGAGCUGGCAAUGCAGUCGACGAACCUGAAAGUGACGAGGCCGUUGAGAAGACCGGCGCGGGCGACGAUCUGCUAGAUAACGGUUCCCUUACCCUCCCGCCGGGUGCCGAGUCAAGUGCGACUUCUUUCGACGAGCUCAAUCUCUCAGAGAGAACGAUGAAGGCAAUCAAGGACAUGGGAUUCAAGAAGAUGACGGAGAUUCAGAGCAGAGGAAUCCCAAUUUUGCUUGCCGGAAAAGAUGUUCUCGGCGCCGCCAAGACUGGAUCAGGCAAGACCUUGGCCUUCUUGAUCCCCGCUGUCGAAAUGCUCAACUCGUUACGAUUCAAGCCCCGAAACGGCACCGGCGUGAUUAUCGUCUCACCAACUCGCGAGCUGGCUCUGCAGAUCUUCGGAGUCGCAAGAGAGCUCAUGGCUCACCACUCGCAAACCUACGGCAUUGUAAUCGGCGGGGCCAACAGACGGGCGGAAGCUGAAAAGCUUUCCAAAGGAGUGAACCUAUUGGUCGCGACACCAGGCCGCCUGCUUGACCAUCUUCAAAACACUCCGUUCGUUUUCAAGAACUUGAAAGCGCUCGUCAUCGACGAGGCUGAUCGGAUCUUGGAGAUUGGUUUCGAGGAUGAGAUGAAACAGAUCAUCAAGAUUCUCCCCUCGGCAGAGCGACAGUCGAUGCUCUUCUCGGCAACACAGACAACAAAAGUCGAGGAUCUUGCAAGGAUCUCGCUUCGUCCAGGCCCCUUGUACAUCAAUGUCGACGAAGAGAAGCAAUAUUCCACUGCUGAGGGUCUGGAACAAGGAUACGUUUUGUGCGAACCGGACAAGCGUUUCCUACUGCUCUUCAGUUUCCUAAAGAGAAACAUGAAGAAAAAGAUCAUUGUCUUCUUUUCCAGUUGUGCCUGUGUAAAAUACCAUGCCGAACUUCUCAACUAUAUCGACCUCCCUGUGCUUGACCUGCACGGUAAACAGAAGCAGCAAAAGCGGACCAAUACUUUCUUUGAGUUCUCCAACGCAAAGCAAGGAACUUUACUCUGUACCGAUGUGGCUGCUCGUGGUCUCGAUAUCCCAGCUGUAGACUGGAUCGUCCAGUUCGACCCCCCGGAUGACCCCAGAGAUUACAUCCACAGAGUUGGCCGUACAGCUCGUGCGAACACAAAAGGCCGCAGCUUGAUGUUCCUUCAGCCUUCGGAGGCUGCAUUCUUGGGACACCUCAAACAAGCCAGAGUGCCUGUCAGCGAGUUUGACUUUCCUGCAAAUAAGAUCAUCAACAUCCAGAGUCAGUUGGAGAAGUUGGUCAGCCAAAACUAUUAUCUUCACCAGUCCGCGAAGGAUGGCUUCAAGUCCUAUAUACACGCCUAUGCCAGUCACUCUUUGAGAUCUGUGUUCGACGUCGCGAAACUUGACCUGAAGAAGGUCGCAAAGUCUUUCGGCUUCAGUGCGCCGCCGCGGGUUGAUAUUCAGCUCAACGCAAGCAUGAGAAGGGAUGAUAAGCCCCAAGGUAGAAGGGCUUAUGGUCAACAGCCGAGACAGGGUGAAGGCUCGAGAGGCGGAUCGAGACAGCAUUCCAAUAGGAGAUAG